UCCCUCCCCUUCUCGCCACGCGUCCUCCUUCCGAUCGAUCAUCGGAGAGCAGCGCCACCGAAAUAGCGCCGGCAUUCGCGUGUCUCCAUGGGAAUCGUCGCUGUCCCCAGCUCUGCCUCCCGAUCGGCGUUUGGCGCCUCUGGGCUCGCGGUCCGUCGCUCGCCGCCGCUACGUCGGCCGUUCGUCGUCUUGGCCUUCAAAGGAGGCCCCGGCCCCAACUGCUCCGAGGCCGUCGUUUCCCCUCCCGUGAAGGAAACGAAGAAGAGCCCCGGGAAACGGCCCGAGAGAGGUAAGAGCGCCGUCGUCUCCGCCGAUGCUUGUACACGCGAUCCGGGCUACGACGAGGUCGCCGCCGCGCUCGAGAACAUCUACAAGCUGAGCCCGGAGGAUUUCACGGACUGGGAGGCGAAGGGGGUGGGGAAUGUGGUGAGGAACAAGAAGAAGGCGAAAAGGUUAGGACUUGAGGAAAGAGUGAGUUUGAGGCAGCAGAGAAAGGAGGAGGAGAGCGUGGAGGAGGCGAAUAGCGGCCGGAAGAGGAGGGAUUUGAAGGAGGAUGAGGAGAAAUUAGUGAGGGAGUACUCCAUUUCCACCGAUUUGAACAGAUUGGAUUGGAAGAGGGUGAAGAUACCACCAGUUCUUAGCUCGGUUGAGCAUACAUGGCUUUUCAAGUCGAUGCAACCCAUGAAGGUAAUACUUCAAGUGAAGGAGGAGUUGUUUAAGGAUCUGAAGAGGGAAUCAACUUAUGGCGAGCUUGCAGAUGCAGUUAACACGAGUGUGCCAAUAUUAAGAAGGCAUUUAGAAGUUGGCCAAGCAGCAAGGAACAAGUUAAUCAAGCACAACCUCAGGCUGGUUUUAUUCGUAAUCAACAAGUAUUUUCCAGAGAUUGCAACCGGACAUAAGUUCCAAGAAUUCUGCCAAGCUGGAGCCAGAGGUCUCAUCACUGCCAUUGAUCGGUUUGAGCCCAGGCGCGGCUUCCGUCUGUCCACAUACGGCCUCUUUUGGAUCCGACAUUCCAUUAGCCGAUCAAUGACCCUUGCAAGCUUCACAAAAGUUCCUUUCGGGAUUGAGUCGGUCAGACAAGAAAUCCAGAAGGGUAAACUGGAACUAUCUUUUGAGCUGGGAAGACAACCUACUGAAAAAGAGACAGCCGAUCGAGUAAGAAUUUCACUGGAAAGAUACAACGAUGUGGUGAAGACAUCAAGGCCAGUGUUUUCUCUCCAUGCGAAGCAUAUCGUAACGCAAGAAGAAUUCAUCAAUGGCAUUACUGAUAUAGAUGGAUCAGUUGGAGGCGAUAAGCAUAGGCAACCUGCACUUUUACGACUAGCUCUUGACGACGUGCUGGAUUCACUUAAACCAAAGGAGAGCUUGGUGCUCCGACAAAGAUAUGGACUCGACGGCAAGGGAGAAAGAACCUUAGGAGAGAUUGCAGGGAAUCUCAAUAUAUCGAGAGAGAUGGUCAGGAAGCAUGAGCUGAAGGCACUCCUGAAGCUGAAGCAUCCGACUCGAGUCGACUACCUUCGUCGAUACAUCUGAUGCAUUUGUACCUUGCAUACCUGUAUAAAGAUAACUUUUUUUUUUUUUGGUAAUCAUCAACUUCCUCGUCAUAUAUUUUUAAUGAAUUUGAUAUUAUACUCAGAAAAAUAAUAAAUUGUUGCAUAUACAUAAUAAUUAUUGUGCAGAAAGAAGUCAAUAUCAUUCGGACCAAAUUGACAAGGGGAAAACGAGCAUUCAACAAAUUAAUCAUCAAAAUGUUUUUGGAAGUUCCUUUACUUUUUCACUCGAAAAAUAAAUUAAUGAAUGGAGCUAGGAAAACAAAGAGUACUUCUGAUA